AUGUCAACAGCACGGUCCGGUGUUGUGACAUUGUUGCAUACUGCCUGCGGAGCUGGUAUUCUGGCAAUACCGUAUGCUUUCAGACCGUUCGGCCUGGUGCCAGCGAUAUUUAUGCUGCUAUUUUGCGGACUGUGUUCUAUGAUGGGUCUUCUAUUACAAUCUCGAAUUGCCAAGUACGGUCCUUUGAAGAACGUGUCGUUUUUCUCGUUAGCGCAGGUGGUGAACCCGGCGUCUUCAAUAUUAUUUGACGCUGCAAUCGCUAUCAAGUGUUUUGGUGUAGGUGUAUCAUAUAUGAUUGUGGUUGGGGAUCUUAUGCCUAAAAUAUGGUCCCGAGUAUCAUCGUCUGGAUUACUGCUGAGUAGAAACGUUAACAUCACUCUCGUCAUGUUGUUCAUUGUGGGGCCACUAUGCUUUAUGAGGAGGCUGAAUUCUUUAAGAUACGCUUCUAUGAUUGCUAUUGGCUCUGUAGCAUACUUGUGUAUACUAGUUAUUGUUCAUUUUGCUCAUCAGACAACCGAACUAAGAGAAUUGAAAGGUGAAGUAUCAGUUGGUUUACCUCAUGGGGAGCCAACACCUUUAACCACCUUACCUAUAUUUGUUUUUGCAUACACUUGUCAUCAUAACAUGUUCUCAGUAAUAAAUGAACAGAAAAAUACUGGAUUUACUUACGUUAGGUAUAUCGCAAUUGUAUCAAUACUGGUGGCCUUUGUACUAUAUGUUGUCAUUGGUAGUACCGGUUACCUGACAUUUGGUGACAACAUUACAGGAAACAUUAUUGCAUUAUAUCCUGAUACAUUAUCUACCACUAUUGGUCGGAUUGCAAUUGUUCUUUUAGUAAUGCUGGCAUUUCCUUUGCAAUGUCAUCCUGCGAGAGAAUCUAUCAACAACAUGAUAAAAUAUGUACAGGACAGAUAUUCUCCGCAAACCUCAUAUGAGUUGACGGCAGUAGAUGCUGAUAAUCUCGAGAUCAAUAACGAUGUGACAUCUAUAAAUUCAAGAGCAAAUGAUAAAGAGGAAGAGUGCAUGGAUACAAAGCGAUUUAUGAUUAUUACAGCAUGUAUUUUAUUCUGUUCCUACCUGUUGGCAAUCUCAGUUACCUCUCUAGCACGGGUUUUAGCCAUUGUCGGUGCUACAGGAUCAACAACUAUAUCAUUUAUACUACCUGGAUAUUUUGGUUGGAGUUUGAUUGGUACGGAGUAUACCUCUAAUGGUAAUCAAUUACCUCUACGUAAAUCAACUGUCAUAUUCAAAUAUAUUGGCUUAGUGAUGACUAUUUGGGGAAUAAUAAUCAUGAUUACUUCCUUAAUUGCAUCCCUUUUCUUUGGGGCUUCGCAUUAG